AUGUCCUCCAACAAAACAUCCCAAGCUCUAAAAGCCGAAGUCUCAAAGCUCGCACGUCUCUCCAACGUCCAAGGUGGUCUUCCACCUCUCAUGAGAGGUCUUCCUGUUAUUACCUUGAUGGCUGGUGAGGCGAUAUCGAAAGCGACGAAUGGCCAGAAUUUGAUCGAAGAGCGGUUACUCGGGGCCGAUGAAGCUGUUGUACUGCAAGCGCCAUCUACUGCUACUAUCACAACAGGUGUUGCGACAGGAGGUCUUAGUAGACCUGGUGUGAGCAUGAUGUGUCAGACCUGUGGCGUGAAGAUGGACACAAAUUAUGAACUGCCUGUUUCAGGGAAUUUGGGAGCGCAGGGUAUUUUGACAGUUGGGACAAGAGCAUGGAAAGACAAAACUAGUUCUACCGACACUGUCGUCUAG